AUGUGGCUGUCCUCAGCUCUGCUGCUUCUCAGUUUCCCAGGGUGUGCUGUCCUCUCCAUCCAAGGCCCAGCGUUGGUGAGAGGCCCAGAGAAGGGGUCAGUGACUGUGCUGUGUCGCUAUAGCUCAAGAUGGCAGAGCCACAACAAGUGGUGGUGUCGCGGAGCGGACUGGAACACUUGUAGGAUCCUCAUUCGAACCCAGGGGUCAGAGAAAGAAAAGAAGAGCGGCCGCUUGUCCAUCAGGGACAACUGGAGGGAUAACUCGCUCCUGGUUACCAUGGAGAUGCUCAAGCAAAAUGACACCGACACUUACUGGUGUGGUAUUGAACGAUUUGGAACUGACCGCGGGACCAGAGUUAAAGUGACCGUUUACUCAGUGGGAAAAGAUACCAUGUCUUCUUCUAAGCUACUUUCUGCUAUGCCCACUGUGGACAGCAGUGCAUACAUGAUGUCUUCUGACUUGCACAAGAGGACCCACUACAUACUACUGGUAUUUGUGAAGGUACCUGUCUUGCUCAUCUUGGCUGGUGUUGUCCUCUGGCUGAAGGGGUCAACUCAGAAGGUCCCUGAGGAACACUGGAGAGACACUCUUUGUAGCAGUUUGGACUCUGAACCUCUGGCCAAAGACAUUGAUCCUUAG